CUGUGAAAGAGGAGGAGAGAGAGAGAGAGACUUGUAGGAAAAACAAAGGGAAACUUCCUUGGCAUUGUCUAUUUUCACGUACUUAUCAGCAUCGAGUGGUGUUCUUACUCUUUUUCAGCAUAUACCGACAUUAAAUUGCAUGUCAUGUAGAAAUUUACUACUGGGGUCCUCCUAAAUCCUUUACUAGAUUUCUUCUCAAUCUCCACCUUCUCUUUCCCCUGCUGGUAAAACCUACAGCUUCUUUCAGCAAAACUGUGAGCUUGAUAUAUAUAUAUAUAUAUAUAUAUCUACACACACACAAACAUUGAAUUAUGUAUUUGGGUUCCUUCUGUUUUGGGGAAUCAUUGAAUUCUUUAAGAUUUUAGCUUUGAAGAAAGAAGGUUGUGGAUUUUGGAAUCUGGGUUUUGUGUUGAUUUAGAAUGGGGAGUGCAGAAGAGAAAGUUGUUGCUGUGAUCAUGGUCGGUGGACCCACUAAAGGUACUAGAUUCCGACCGUUGUCAUUGAAUAUUCCAAAGCCUCUUUUUCCUUUAGCAGGACAACCCAUGGUUCAUCAUCCAAUUUCUGCUUGUAAAAGGAUUCCAAACCUAGCACAUGUUUAUCUAAUUGGUUUCUACGAGGAGCGGGAAUUCGCAUUAUAUGUAUCCUCGAUAUCGAAUGAGCUUAAAGUCCCAGUUAGAUAUCUGAAGGAAGAGAAGCCACAUGGUUCAGCUGGAGGACUUAACAACUUCAGUGAUCUGAUCAUGGAAGACAAUCCGUCACACAUUCUCGUGCUCAAUUGUGAUGUUUGCUGCAGUUUUCCACUGCCUGAAAUGCUUGAGGCUCACAAAAAAUAUGGUGGAAUGGGAACAAUCCUAGUGAUCAAGGUUUCUGCUGAAUCAGCCUAUCAAUUUGGGGAGCUGGUAGCUGAUCCAGUUACCAAAGAACUUUUGCAUUACACAGAAAAACCUGAAACUUUUGUAAGUGACUUGAUUAACUGUGGCGUUUACAUUUUUACGCCACAUAUAUUUACUGCCAUCCAGGGCGUUUCCACUCAACGGAAGGACAGAGCUAAUCUGAGACGACUGUCUAGCUUUGAAGCCCUUCAGUCAACAACAAGGAGUACUCCCACAAAUUUUGUAAGACUUGAUCAAGAUAUCCUAUCACCUCUAGCAGGAAAGAAGCAAUUAUAUACAUACGAGACCCUGGACUUCUGGGAACAGAUCAAAACUCCUGGAAUGUCCUUGAAAUGUUCUGCUCUGUACCUUGCACAAUUCCGUUUCGCCUACCCUCAUCUUUUGGCUGGGGGAGAUGGCAUAAAGAGUGCCAGUAUAGUUGGUGAUGUAUAUAUUCAUCCAUCAGCAAAAGUACAUCCAAGUGCAAAGAUUGGUCCUAAUGUCUCAAUUUCUGCAAAUGCUCGUAUUGGAGCUGGUGCAAGGCUCAUCAGUUGUAUCAUUCUUGAUGAUGUUGAAAUUAAGGAAAAUGCAGUUGUUAUUCAUGCGAUUGUUGGGUGGAAAUCUUCGAUUGGGAGAUGGUCACGUGUCCAGGCUAGUGGAGAUUAUAAUGCUAAGCUAGGGAUCACAAUCCUUGGUGAAGCAGUGACCGUUGAAGAUGAAGUUGUGGUAAUUAACAGCAUUGUCCUACCAAAUAAGACUCUCAAUGUCAGUGUUCAAGAGGAAAUAAUUCUAUGAUCAAAAAAUUCCAUCCUUGGCAGCUCUCUCUCUUGUCUUUAGUAUUCUUUUUUGUUUUUUUCUUCCCAGAAACUUCUCUAUUAUUUUGGCAAUCUUCUGCAAGCUUCAUUUGUAAAUUAAUAUCAAACAUAUAAAAGUACAUUUUGGCC